CGGCCACAUGGGCGCGCUCGGGGCGGCCCCGGCGGGGCCGGCGCGGGCGCGGCCGCCGAUCGGCCGCCCGCAUUUGAUGCUGGUGAUGGUCGGGUUGAUCUCACUGGGGGGCCUCAACUUCGUCCUCCUGAAGGUCCUGUACACCGCCUACGGGGACCGGCGGGCGUUCUUUGUCAACCAGGCGAUCAACCUGCUGUAUAUUUUUUACGGGGGCGCGAUCCUCUACCCGAGGAUGCUCGCCACGAGCGCCGUCACCCCAGCGAUGCGGCGGUUCCCGAAGAGGCAUUUCUUCGUGAUGGGGCUGUUCGACAGCCUCGGCACGUUCUUCACCUGCCUGGGGGCCCCCUACACGCCGGGCUCCCUGACGCCGCUGCUCAACCAGCUGCUCAUACCGUCUACCAACGUGGCGGUCUCGGCGCUGUACCUGGGCAACCAGGCGACCUGGAAGGAGUUUGCUGGCGCUGCUCUGAUCGUCGCGGGCGCGAUCGUGAGCCUGGUGCCCAGUCUGUUCGCCGCCCACGACACGACUGAGAGCUCCAUCUUAGAGAUUCGGUGGUAUGCAGUCAUCUUUUAUGCGUUGAGCAAUCUUCCCAUGGCAACAUCAGCGUGCUACAAAGAGGCCACGUUCGAGGAAAACACGCUUGACGUGUGGUACCUGACCCAGUGGGUCUCCAUUUUUCAGUUCCUCAUAUCGUUUUUGUACAUGCCACUGCUCAUUUUGCCUGGUUUCGGGAGCCAAGACGGCAUGCCAAUGUCAGAAGUUUCUGCAUCUUUUGGCGACGGCUGGGAGUGCUAUCCUCGGGAGGAGAUCCUUAUUGUGGUGAGGUCCACGCGUUCUGGCUGCUCACGGGAUAUUGCGGGGUCAACGUUUGCUUCAACACAUUGGGGCUAUACCUCACCAAGCACGGCAGCGCCGUGCUCAGCUCGCUGAGCUUUUCGAUCUUGCUGCCUUUUACCACUGUGCUGUUCUUCUCCCCCGCUCUGGGGCGUUUCCAGGAGCCGCUCACCCGCAACGCCAUCUUCACCUUCACCGGUCUGGGGAUUGCGUCCGUGGGUUUCUGCAUCUACCAGUGCGUCACCCAGACUGGGGAGAGGUCGGUGGAGCUACCACGGCUUGCAUCGGUCCACUCGGUUCCCCUCUUCAUCCUCCUCUUCCUCCUCCUCCUCCCGCCUCGUCCUCGUCCUAUUGUUUCUUGCCAUGCUGCUGCUGCUCCUCCUCCUCUUUCCUUUUCCACGGUUGUUCAAUAUCAACAGUCUGCUCCUCUCUUCCCUGACGAUCCGCGCGUAGGUUUCCGCCUUUCUCGCGCAUUGUGUCCACACACACACACACACACACACACACAC